AUGCUGGUGACCUAUUUGGAAGCCAGCCGGGACCUUUGCGAGACGGACUCGAUUCUCUUUGGCGCCGCAGUGGCAGUUUGCCGUAUUAUUGGCGCCAAACUUCCCAUGGCUGGACGCGCUACUACACAAAGUAACGCCAUCCCAGCCUGGAGGAAAAGAAUCGAGGCCCGUGUCGCAACGGCAAGGACCCUUAUCGGCAGACUAACAAGCUUCAGGUCGGGUAAUAAUAGACCGAGGAUUGUGCGCACCGUUACGAUGGCGUUUGCUGGGACAAAUAUCAGUUUGUCCCAGCCGGAUAUCACGCAGAAACUAACGGAGCGCAUAGACGACCUGAAGCAAAAGAUCGCUGCUUGGGGGAAGCGGAUUCGACGAUUUUCCGAGGGGUCGAGGCGGCUCAACCAGAAUCGUCUCUUCCAGAGUGAUCAGAAGAGGCUCUAUAAAUUAUUGGAGCGACCAAAGGUAUGUGGAGCGGGCCAAGGACCGGAUCAGGCCGACAUUAUCGCAUUCUGGCGUGGCCUGUGGUCAGAGCCCGUAAACCACAGUGAGGGCCCUUGGACGGAAGUUGUGGCGAGCCAGGGUGCGAGUGUUACGCCUAUGGACCCCAUCACCAUAACGCCAGAAGACGUGGCUGAGGCGGUCCGUAGGGCCCCGAAAUGGAAAAGUCCGGGGCUCGAUGGGCUGCAUCAUUACUGGCUGAAGGGGUUCGUAGUGUGUCACGCUGUGCUCGCCCGACAGUUUCAAGAGGCUCUCGACCAGAAGUCACUCCCGAGCCUCUUCACUACUGGGAUCAAUCACUUGGUUCCUAAAGACCAGGAUACCACAGACCCGAGCAAAUACCGCCCCAUCACGUGUCUACCCACCAUAUAUAAGUCUUAUUAG